GAAGCGUUCAAAAAUAUUGUGGGGGAACUUCUUACGACAUUUUCCAAAAAUUAUUUUUUCUUGCAAUUUAUUUUAUCAGUUUUGUUCUAAAAAAAAAGAGCGAAGGUAAUUUUUUAUUUUGAAUUCUAAAAUAUUAGAAAAUAGAUUAGAUUCAUAAACAGAACUAAAAUAUUUUAAAAUUAUUUGAUGGAUGAUUCCACAGAGAAAAUCCGAGUAUUCCAACUUCGUUUAGUUUCGUUCAAUCCACCGAUUCGUACAUAACCUCACUUUUAUCAAAAUCAUAACAAAACAAAAACAAACUUUAAUUUCAAGCCGAUUUUUCUCAUUUUAUACUUAAAUUUGAGAAAGAAAAGUGGAAAAUUGCUUUGAAAAGAUGCAGAAUAUCUUUACAAAUCAUUUAAAAGUGUUGUCAUGUAGAAUUUCAAUGGGAAUGUGUCGUUACUAUUGUGAUUUUGGUUUCAAGCACACCUACACGGAGGAUCAAGUGAGGAAUAUCCUUAAAAUAAUUAAUUCGAGUUCUCAGGAAGAAUUAGCCAGGUAUUCUAUUGCAAAGUUUCGCCUUCAGAAAAUAACAAGCUGGAAGCAGCAGCAUGGGCAGUUUGAGUCUCUAAAUGAAAUUCUAAAUUUGGAUGAUUUUGGCGUGAAGGUUCUCGAUAAAUUAUGCCAGAGCAUUGUCAAAGACACCGGAAAGAGUGGCGUAGAAAUUCCCACAGCAAAGAAAUCUUCCCAAAUCCUCACACCGAAACUAUCAGAGGAGAGGAGGAUGCAGAUAAAAUCCCUUUGUUCUGUCCAAAUUGGCACUGAUAGUGUUUCAUGGUGUCGCCUGGAGUUGCAGGAUGCACCAUCCCCAACAUUGGUAACACACUGGCAGUAUUUUCCGCUCAAUUCAAAACGAUCCCACCUGGCUGAUUUGACCCAGAGAAUUCUUCAUGUUAACCAAAUGAUCCCAUCAUGUGAUGCCUUUGUCCUGGAGACUCCCAUCACACGCCCAACAUCCCAAUCAGCCAGUGCUGUGCAGAUUUCUGUGAAUGUUCAGCACUCCCAGCUAAUUGCAAUGAUUUCCGUUAUCCUCGCCCAGAGGAUGCAAGACUUCGAUCCGUGUGUCUUCUUCAUACGCAAAUACCUCGAUGCACGACUCUUUGGUACCCUCGUUGGUCAGGAGCGUAUUUCUAGUCUCGAUGUUGUGACGCGUAUCCUUGCUAUUGGGAAUGUUUUGAAUGAAACUUCCAACGAAGGAGAUUCAAAAGCAAUAGUUCAAGCAUUCCCAGACAUUCUAACCAAGUAUAAUACUUCGGAAGGAGCAGAAAAGGAGUACAUGGGUCGAUCUUUAAUGCUAGCAACGUGUUUCCUGCGGCUUUGUAUCCUUAAAUGUCCCAAAAGUCUUGCAAUAGUCAAUAGAAGAGCCAAAUAAAUCGUUUUUUUUAUAAA